AUGAUAUUAUCAAAUCUACGUGAACGAUCUUUAUGUUUAUUAAAUUCGGAUAAUCUCGAUUCAAGUUUUCAACCGUGGUCUACAAUAUCUGAUUCACAAUUUCAUUGCGAUGUUCGUGCACUCUACUGUAAUGCAAAUGUCAAUCCAAUUCAGUCCAUCCAAACUGAUUACCUUCCAGCGUUCAUCUCCUAUUUUUGGCCAUUAGUCCAUCGUGGUUCGCAUGUUUGGGCAGUUGAUCAUCCACCGACACGAGAAUCUAGCAGCGUUAAAUUUGUUUUGAAGUAUGAUCUUCUAGUCUGGGAUUUCUUUUAUCGUACGACGAGCAAUUAUCCAGCGUUAAAUUCAGAUAUUGUCUAUCCGAAAGUGUUAAUUCUCACACCAGAUUGGUCUACCUGUGAAAACACUUAUAAACAUUUAUCCAAUGUGCAGGCAGAUGUUUUGAAAAACGUCUUGACGUGCUGUGUGUACGAAGGGCAAAACCAUGAGAAUGAUUUAUACAAGAAACUGUUAACAAACGGAUGUGAUCUAUUAAUUGCAACACCAACGGUUGUCAAUGAUCUAAUUCAAAAACGUCAUAUACAUUUCGAACAACUUCAACUGAUUGUUUAUGAUCAAUUUGAUCUUCUUCUUCUUGAAAACAUAGGCUCGAUCCGAGAGAUUUUCAAUCUACUUGAUUUACAUUCGAGUAAAAGCAAAUCAACUCAGCAUGUCUUUCUCUCUCGAACUGUUACGCAACAAGCGAAAGAUUUGAUUUUGGAAAAAUUUUCUUCGAAUCCAAACUAUUAUUAUCUUUCGUCAUCGAUGCUCGAGACUUAUUCAUAUAAAAACUUUCUUCACUAUUGUGAACCAUGUCGAAAUUGGUUCGAACGAAAGAAUAUUAUCCAAGAGACAUUAGAUUUAGCAUGUCGUCACCGGAAAAAGAUUCUCAUGUGUGCAUAUCAAACACGUCGAUUAGCGACAAUGCAAAGUAUUCUCAGUGAUCUAUCGAUUCAAUCGAUUCUUAUUCAUUCCCAAUUACAUCACGAUGAAAUUCAGCAAUAUAUUCAUGAAUGGCAAACAAUCACUGAUCGUCCACUGAUAUUGCUUAUCCAAGACGAGAUUUUGAACGAUAUUCCCAUUUCUAAUGCAGAUAUUCUUAUUCAUCUUGACGUUCAGCGAUUAAUUUGGUAUCAGCUAUUCCAUCAACGUAUGAAAUUUGUCUCAAGUCAUUUUUACAAUUCAACAAAUGUAAAUCAUCUCCAAAAAACAAGUUUAACUUCGUUAAAGUCCAUUGAUAAUUUUUACCAACUGAAUCCCUCGCUGAACAUUCCAUUGAUUGUAACUCUUUGGCCUGGUGAUUGUGCGCAAGUGACGUACGAUUUGAUUGAUUAUAUCAAAAACUCGAAUUCAUAUUUACAUCCAUUAAUUGAACGUUUAGCUAAAAACAAUUGCCGUGAAACUUCACAAGCCAAAGUCAAUGUUGAAUUUUGUCCAACGUUGAAAGCGUUCGGUGAGUGUGCAAGUGAAAAGAAACUCAAGCGUUGCCCGUAUCGACAUAAUUUCCAUUAUGAUGUUGAUUUUAUCGAGCAGAAAACGGAUGAUAAAGAAUUAUCGGAUACAUACGAACUCUAUUUACCAACAACUGGAGAAAUGGAAUUGAAAGUAACGCAUGUCAGCGAUGGAAAUCGUUUAUGGGCUCAUAUCUUACGUUCCAGAAGUGAUGUUAAUCAAAACUUAAACAAAGUAUUCGACUACGAUUCAUUUUACCAACAGAUUCAAGACGCUUUCGAUCAUGUGAAAAAUCGACCAUUGAGGGAAAUUAUUCCCGGAGAAGUUUACCUCUAUGCUGACGAACAAAAGCACGUUCAUCGAGUUUAUGUUCAAGACCAAGAACAAAUAUAUUUCAACAUUCGAAGAGCUGAUGCAAUUUUGAAUCGACUUUUGAAAGUAUCGAAUACAACAGUAUCAACAAGUACAGAGGUUGACGAUGUUCAAGAAACGAACGAACGAAAUUCAUCUAUGACUACAAUCAAUCAUCCAGUCUUAACUGUCUUUAGUCUGGACACAGGCAUUACUUUUAGCUUGCAAUCUAAUGAAUAUCUAUACCCAAUUGAACCAUCUACUCUAAAGCAGUAUCCGCCAUUAGCAACAGAAAUUAUUCUUUGCAAUGUCUAUCCAUUGGAUAAGAUUACGAUGGCAUUUACACCAUUUACAAUUGAGACACUUCGUACGUUAACGUUGAAUGAAAUAUUCAUGGGAAGAAUUAAGUUAGCAACACGUUCGUGCUUUUGGAUUGAUCCACUGGUCAAACCAGUUCGUUUGGCAUCUUUGAAACGUAUUGCAUAUGAUAAACCAAUAAGAAAACAAUUGCUCCUUUCGAAACUUAUUCAAACAAACGAAAACCAUAUGAUUGUACUUGAACGUUUAGCAGCUGAAGUUAAAUUGAUUGAUCUUCCACAAGAAACAAAAGAGCAGACAGAACCAACAAUAAAUUCCGAGAAACAAAAAGUUAUAACUGAACAAUCACCCUCAGUUCAAGCUGACGAAGAUACUAUCGAAGACUUUUCGUCUGUAUUUAAACCAUUUCUCAACCGACUUGGACAACUUAUUAUUAAUCCGGUUGGCCGAUCUAAACAGUUCUUUUCUAAACAUAACCAACAAUCAGAUUCAGAUCUCGUUGGAUUAAAUCCAGCAGCAAACCAAGAAUCAUCAACGAAUAACAAAACAACAACAUCAAUAACUGAUCAAUACAUGUCGCUUGGCCGCGGUUAUCGAAUCAAUCCUGAGCCAUCACUCUCAGGAAGUAUCCUUCAACGGCCACAGUCGACUUCAUCAAAGGGAUCAAGUCAAUCGCUGGUUACCACGCCUUCAGAAAUUGAACCGAUUAAAAUGGCCGAAAUGCAAACUAAAACUGAACGAAUUCAAAACAACUUAAAUGACAAUGACUGUGAAAUCUCUCAGGAUACUGCUGAAACAGUACAGAAUGAAGAAUCAAAGGCAGGUUUAGUGGAUGACAGUGAUCAGAUGAUGUUUAUUUUCGGUCCGAAACUAUUUUCUCAACUUCGGCAAAUCAAAGACAUGGAAGACGAACAACGUCGUCAGGCUGACUUUCCUGUUCAACGAAAUCGUAAUCGCUAUAUGCGAAAUCACUACCCCAGAUCAUCGAAUCAGGAGAACAAUAAUAAAAAUCAAGACGAUGAAAACAAUGAAACCAAUGAACAAUCAAUUCCUCCUCCGAAUAUGAGUCGCUACGAACCAUUUAUUGGUGAGCGUGGUCCGUUGACACAAGAACAGAUCAAUUACAAGCAAGUCCAACGCAAAACGCGCUUAUUCUGGGAACAAACUACACGAGAUAUUUAUCUAACUAUUGGCUUUUAUAACGUUGAUUCGACUCAGACACGUGUCGAAUUUGAAGCGAACUCAGUUUAUUGUCGAACACGCAUUCGAACGUACGAUCGUUUUGUUCGAAUCCAUCUAGCUCAUGAUAUCAUACCGGAAAAAAGUUUAUUUCAAGUUCGCCGUUCGAAUAUUCUCUUGACAAUACGAAAAGCAAACGAAGGAUUUAUGUGGGUAACACUUAACAAUCGUCCGAUCGAACCGCGACCAGACUUCUUCACAAUCGAAUAUGGUUCCGAUGAUGAAUCUGAAACCGACAAACGACGUCGAACUGUGAAUCGACAAUGGGAACAAAUCCGCGAUGACAAACGUAAAUCCAAAUUAGCAUCGAAUACUAUCGAUGGCGAUGAUAAUAAAUUUCUUCUCGAUGAUAUGGAUGAGGACGAUGCAGCACAAACUGCUCUCAAUGAUGAUGAUGAAGAGAAAAAUCAACAAGAAUUAACGGACACUUCAUCCGAUUGUCAUUCGACUGAUUCCGAUGAUUGCUAUUACGAAGAUCAAGUGCCAACUAACCACAUCCCGAAAGGUUACGACGACGCCGAUUUCGAUCAUCGUUUUUACGGACAACAAAUACGUUCAUAG